AUGAGCGUUAUGUUCUCCGACGAAGAUUCUGGUGCAUCUGAAGAUACUGGUUGAUUUGCUCUUGUGACAGUGAUCACAUGAAUUGGCCACUGACUGAAUGUGGUUAGAUGUUGUGGAGUUUGAUGCAGGUAUGACUGUGUCUGGAGCUUGGUUAGAAUAUGAGUAUCAGCUUGUGGAGAUGAGGUUCCACUGGGGGUCCAAAACCACCAAUGGAUCAGAACACACUCUCAACAAACACAGGUUCCCUAUGGAGAUGCAAAUAGUGGGCGUGGCUCUUGGAUUUGCUAAUGUGUGGACAGCUUCACAUACCAGAUGGGUGAUACAGAGAAUCUUCCUUUUGAUGUCAUAUCAGAUACCAUACCCAGCUUGUCUUACCCAGGUUUGCAGAGUGUUCACUGUGCAGUAUAAAGUCAGGGUUGAGUAG